UUGGCCCUCUAGAACCUGAGCCUCGAGCGCUUCGUCUUCAUGACUCAGAUUAAACACAUGAGCUGUGACCCUCUAGAGCCUGAGCCUCGAGCGCUUCGUCCUCAUGACUCAGGUUGAUCACAUCACCUGUUCAUGCGUCAUGACACGUCUACAUGCGCGAUUGCUCAGCCUUUUAGGCUCGUUGUCUCGAUCCUCUCACUGUGUCUCUUGUCAAGCUGAAGACAUCUUACAAUAUGGCCAACCAAAGAGCUGAGCGUUCUUGCGCGCUUGACUGCAACGUCAGUGCGCGUGCUCAUCCGGAGCCCGUCGUCGUGACCAGGGCCUGCUGCUCGCCAUUUACUCGAUCUUAUCCAGAGUCGACUGACUCCACGUCUCGCUUUUUCAUGCGCAUCAGAGCUGCCCAAGAUGCACUUUACGCCAAAGCCAAGCAAAUGAAAGAGUAUGCUGUCUCAGAUAUGCACCCAGAGCCCAUCGUGCUCACCCAAUGCUCUAGUCGUUACAGCUUCGGCAAAAGCCAGCUAGACGUCGAGAUUGAGAUUCUUCCAACCGAUCUUGAUGCGAGCGCAGCGCGUAUCCCUUGUGGAUUUUCGGUCUUCAAAGCCUCGAUAUGCGAGCCGACCGAGAAUGAGCUCAAGAUCAAUGCAGUUCGUGCUGCUAUGCUCAUUGCGCCAGUCCGCCGCCGCCGUCGUUCGGCUAUGCCGCUCAGACCCCAGAGCGACAGUCUCAACGAUGAUGUGCUCGCCGACGAUCUUGAGCGUCGACCUCCACCCAUAACCAUGUGGACACAAAUACCAGUCCCGCAUACCCAAUCUGGUACAAAGUCUUUGAAAAGCGCCAUCAUGUCGUGGUGGAACUCUUAUUCUCCAUUCAAUGAUUACGCAUGGUUUCAGGGAUUUCGGUCGAAGCGACCUCAGCCGACUCAAGUACGCGGGAGUCUGGCAUGCGUGCUCCGUGGCGUUGAGAAUAUUCGCGCUUUACAAGGUGCCUGGAUCGGUCACUAUGUCGAGGUCGAAGUCCAAGUGGCGGCGCAGAGUUGGCUAUGCGUUAUUCAAGUGGAAUGUCCUAUCAAUUUGGUCAAAGAUGUCGUCCAGCAAGGGGUCCUGAAACCACCCGUUGUUCGCGCCGGACGGCAACCGAUCGAGUGGCGUUACAUGAAUUCAUGUGUUACGCUGGGAACAGAGCUUCUGCCCGAAUUUGAACCCUCGAGGCCGGCUACGAUCUUGCAAAAAAUGAUCAAGGUCGUCAAGGCUUUUCAACGUCUUGGGUGUUUUUCAGAAGGCAACUCAAACUCUGAACGCAACCACUCGAGGCACCAGCAAAUCAAAGACCUCUAGACCGCUUUAUUAAGAUAUCCUAUAUUCCGAUUUGCUUGUUCCAUGCCUCUCGAUAUUCAAAAUGAUGAUGUUGAUUGAGCACAUGUCUGGUCACGGUGCCGACAGUGCCGAGCCAGAGUUUGCGAAAUCAUAAAGCUUCUUUUGAUGCAUUGGGAACACACUCUUCAUGACUGGAAGACAGUAUCCCGGCAACCUAGCUGUCAAGUUGUCGCACUUCUUCUCAUGAUCAAGAAGCUAGAUUCGCUCUUUCUUGAGAUCGUCAACCCUAAACCGUGAAACCAAUAGGUCCAAGGGCAGGUCAUGUGUGGGGUGCUAGCGAUAUAUGCGUUCUUGUUACGAUCCAAAUACAACACAACAGCAACAAGCGCUGAUUGCCCUUUUGCCACUCUAGAACCAAAUGCUUAGAAGGUCUUAGUGGUCGGCUGAAGGCAGGUUGUUACCGACAUCUGAACAUUUGUCAUGUCAAGCGUCCUGGGACCUGUAGGGCUAAUC